GCAAUGCCCGCGUGAUUCGUUUGUGUUUCGUUCAAAGGUUUCGAAUCUCUGCUCUACCGAGUCCCAAUCACAGCCAUCUGUAUGUUUUAAUCUCGUGCUUGUGUUAUUCCCAGUUGUUUUCGAAUGUUUUAUCCACUAAAGCUUAAAAACUAUCUCUGUAUCAAUUCAUGCUAACAUCUAAGCCGGUGAAUAUUUUUGACAAUUCAAAUGAGUCGUGUCCUAAGAUCUAGUAUCAGGGAAAACAAAACAGAGCAAGUUACUCCUCGAGAGCAGCGGAGUAAGAGAGUUUUCUCUCUAAUCCCCUCAGCGUCUUUCAACUCAAUAGAAACUCCUAAACGUCGUCUCACACAGCGAAAACGACCGGAUCCCCUCGAUUCUUGUAAAAAAGUAACAUCUCUCGGUUGCGAAUCAUCAACCGUAAAAGACCAAGUAAAUGUGUUGAACAAACCAAAUACUCUUCUUGAAACUCACUCAUCUGUGGUCCAUGACUCACGUCCACAAUGUGGGGUCAAUGUCUCGACUAACUGUUCAAGUCAAUCGAAAGAAUCUAAUGCACUGAUUGUUGGAAGAGCAAAUGAGAUCAGUCGUUUGACAUCCCUAAUUCAGUCUUAUAUAGACACAAGGAAAAGUGCUAGUUUUUAUGUUAGUGGAGCUCCGGGAACUGGAAAAACAGCAGUCAUUUUACAUGUUGUCCAGAAUUUUAAAACCUUUGAGAAAUGUAGUGCUGCUGUGAUUAAUUGUAUGCAAUUAACGUCAUGUGCAGAUAUAUUUGGACGAAUAUCUGUUGUUUUAGAGGCUAACAAUGGCAAGGAAAAUAGUUCUAUCAGCGACGCUAAUUCAUUGGAAUGCUUUUUGAAUAAACGAUCACCAAAACAAACCAUUAUCCUAGUUUUAGAUGAAGUGGAUCAGCUAUCUACUCGUAGUCAAGAAUUACUUUACAGAAUUUUUGAAUGGCCAUCAAAACUUACUUGUCAUAUAAUUGUUAUUGGAGUGGCGAAUGCGUUGGACUUACCAGAACGUCUAUUGCCCCGUUUGAAAUCAAAAGCUCACAAACCUAUUCACAUUAUAUUUCCACCAUAUUCACAAUCUGAGCUUGCUGAAAUUGUUCAAGCACAUUUAUCUAAGUCAUCAAGUAUUGGAUCAUGUGUGCAACCACUGGCUAUACAGUUAUGUUCUAGAAAAAUUGCUGCUUCCACAGGGGAUGCGCGUACUGCUUUAGAUAUAUGUCGCAGGGCGAUUGAUUUGGCCCAUCAAGAUGCACGAAAAACAAAUAUAUCUGACACAUUCAUUCCUCCGAAGGCGGUGGUCGAUUCGCCCAUAACGCUCUCCAUCCAACACAUAAGUAGAGCUCUGAAGGAGUCUCAGGUUGAUUCUCCUCUUCCUGUUAAAUCGUUCAAUGGAGUUGAUACAUUUACUACCAAUUGCUCUGAAGUACCAUUGCAUCAUAAACUUAUAUUGGCUAGCUGUCUUCUGUUAAGAAAACAAAAAGGUCUACGUGAAUUAUCGUUUAGCCUACUUUAUGAUACAUACAUUCUUAUAUGUAAGAAAAAACAAAUUACAAGUUUAAGUGAAUCUGAACUCUCUGCUGUAUGUGAUUUGCUUGAUUCUCGAGGAUUUAUUCAACUUGCUGGUCCGCGUUAUUCGAUUAAAGCUACAUUGGGUACACCAGCACGUUUAAGACGUAUUCGAUUACGUUUAGACGAUUGUGGUGUUCAGCAGGCUCUGGUGGAUGAUUUACUCCUGUCAUCAAUAAUGGCCAUAAAACUGGAAAAUUAGUUUUGUAUUUCCUUAUAAUUUUCUGACAUCUAUUCAUUUAUUUUCCUGUUGAACAGAUAGAAUCUCCACUUAUUUUGUAUAACUUUUUCUAUGAUGUUCGUAUCUUUAUUCGACUGUACGCUGUUUUAUUGUUUUUAUUACUGGUAUAAAGUCAUAAUUUUUAUACUUCUUAUAAAAUCCCUGACAAGUAGAUUUGUAAUGUAAUAACUUUUGAAGUCUACAAAUAUCUUUUAUGUUCAUGAAUGUUUAAUAAUAAAUUGUCUCAAUA